GGAGGGACAGAGAGAGAGAGGGACAGAGUAUUGAUGUUACCAGGCAGUGCAGUUCAGUCGCACCUUCUCACCAGCUCGGUUAACAGCUAGUGGCUCCACUCCCUCCCUCACACAGACCUGCCCCUGUCUCUCUCUCUGUCUCUGUCUCUCUCUCUGUCUCUGUCUCUGUCUCCUCGCGCUUGUGUUUUGACAGAAAACUAAAGUCAGUCAGACUUUCGUCUUCUGAAUCUGCGAGCCUGGAGUUAAACCUGCUCACCUCGCCUCCGACAGCAGCGGCAGCAGGACUCUCCGGUCGUUCAGCUCAAGUCGUCGCGAGGCACCGGUGGAUAAGUUUGAGAGUUGGACGGUGUGAAACAGUGCUGGAAUGCAACAGGAUUAUCAUCUGACCUUAACUCAAAGGAGGCAAAGCAACCAGACUACUGGCUCGCACGUUUUCUGAUCUUUGCUGCAUUACAAUGCCUUUGGGGUUAUAAUGUCUACACUGAAGCACGUUAUUCUGCAAGAUAAAGACCAGGACGUUGGGAAGACGCUGGACUGGAGUUACAUUGAGUGGGCUGAAAAUGAAGUUGUCACCACAGGUGUGGCAAACGCAGAGACACAAACAGACUCUGGGCCUUUUGAGCACAAGGGAUGUCAGACCAGCAACCCGGUCAUAAUGCACAUUGAUCUCACACGGACACACUCCAAGCUGAGACAUUCGUCCCUGGCGGACGUUGACGGCGCGGUUGCACCUUUCUUUCAGUUUGACCGACAGGCUCCUGCACGCAUCUCCACGUCCCCCACGCUGAGGAGGAUGAGGAGCACCCGGCGUCCUCUGUCGGAUACGUGGGAUCCUGUGAGGAUGGGGAGCACUCAGGAGGAGUGUUCCUCUGAGAGCACCACGUCCCCCCAAAGCCCCAUGUCUUCAGUGCACAGAGCCAAGUCUCCUCUUGCAGCAAGCCCCCUCUCCGAUGGCGAGACCUGUCAGAGAACCAGAUCAUAUAGAUCACAGACUUUUGACGUCAACGGUGUCGCUCCCAAGAGACAAGAAUGUCACAGUGCUCAUCCUACUCACAGCAAAAGCUUUGAAUUUCUUGAUAAUGAAAUACAGGAGAAAGAACAUUUCCAUAACAGGCUUCAGGAGAGGAGAAGGAGCUCUGUGGUGGUCAGCCUGCCCGGACUGGAUGUUUCACCAGGAGACCUUUUUGUAUCCAAUGGGGCAGUAGACAUGUUAAAUGGUUCCAACUUCUGUGAUACUAAGAAGUCGAAGUGGCCUUUUUCAAGGCGUAGUACGACUAAAGGGAAGUCACAGACAGGCACGGCAUCAGAUGUUGAAAAAUAUCUGUCGACAUCACAGAUUCAAGACUGGAGAAACUCUGACCUUCAGAGGUAUAAGGACUACUCUCUGGCCGAGUUCCUGCGGGACCAGUCUUCCCAGGUGAGCGCCACCUCUGACCCACAGGGCUUCAAGAGACAGGAGACCAUCUGGGAACUCUUCACCAGCGAGUGUGUGUACUUCCUGGAUCACCUCAUGGUUCUCAAAGAGGUGUUUUCCGCCACACUCACAAACCUGCAGAUGAGGAACUGUCUGACCGAUGUCGACUCGUGGAGGCUGUUUGCAAACCUCAACGAGCUUUGCCUGGUGAGCUUUGGUUUCCUGAACAACCUUCUCCGCGUCAUCAAGGACACGUUGGAGAAUGCUGAGGGUGGCGGGCCCACCCUGCUGGAGCUGCUGAGCAAGGCUUUCCAGGAGAGCAUAUGUCACUGCCUGCAGAAGUACUGCCUCAACUACUCAGCGGCUCUGCUUUAUCUGGACAGCUUGAGGGCCAGAGAGGACUUUGGAUCCUACGUGAAGUGGUGUGAGAGGAACAAACAGUGCCGGAGGCUUCAACUGCGCGACCUGCUGGUGGCACCAUUGCAGAGGUUAACCCGAUACCCGCUUUUGUUGCGGAAUAUAGCAAAGAGGUGUCAGACAGACGAUGAGACCAGAGGCCUGCAGGUUAUAGCAGAGCAAGUGGACACGUCUAUAUGUGAUUUAGAGGGAAAGGUGAAAUGGUUGGAUAACUACCAGAAGGUGAAACAGCUGCGAGACGCCCUGGUGUGGCUGCCUGUAUGGGAGAGAGACAAGCGUGCCUUCAUCCCCGAGAAUCUGAAGCAUCUCUUAAAGGCUGUCACUCUGGAAAAUCUCAUUUCUCACAGAAGUCUGCUGCACGAAGGGAAACUGGUGCUCACAGAGAACACAAAGCUUAUAGACGUCUAUCUGUUCCUGUUUGACGAAUUCCUGCUGAUCACAAAGAUAAAGAGAAACAAGAAAAGGUCCGUCGGUCCAGAGGCGAAUCCCCUGAGGCUGCCACAGAACCUGGAGCUGGAUCAGCUGUUGAAAGAGGGAUGCACCUUCACAGUUCUGGACCAGCCCGUCUCUCUGGACCGACUGCAGCUCAAGAACAUUGAUCAGCUCAACGCCUCAACAUCGGGGUUGCCUCAUUCUUUCAUAAUCAUGCACCAGAACCGCUACCAGCAGUGCAUCGGGGCAUUCAUCCUGCAAGCUGCGUCAGAGUCAGCCAAGAGAGUGUGGAUGUCAGAGAUAGAGGGUGCUGUGACAGCACUGCUGAAGCUGGACUCUCAGCAGCCGCGAGUCAAGAGCUCCUCACUGUGGCUGGAGUCCUCACAGAUCUGAACCGUCGAACAGCACGAGAAGCCAUCUGAAACAUCUCCACCGUCAAACAUGCCCUCACUGUCUCGUCUCCUCGUGUUUUGUAAAUGACCGUUUUAGCACUAGGACCGUUGUGUAAACUGAAUGUUUGCCUUGAAAGGCAGCUGCUGUAGUAAUGUACAAUAAAUAUGUGGUUAUGUAGUAAAA